ACAGAAAAUGGGUUUUCGAACAAAUUUUAGGAAUGAAUUAUGUUUGAAAACUGAAGUUUGACUGUAUUUUGGAUUAAGGAAUUCAUUCAGUCAUUUUGUUUACUGUGGGUUGCUACUGUUCUCUAGCUUGGCGUUGCUUUGUGAGAUGUCCUUCCCGUCAACAAUUCUCCUGUUUUUAUCUAAAGUGAGAAGAAAAAAGUCUCACUUUAGAUAGAGAAAAUAGAAAUUAAAGUUUAUAAUUAAACUCCUUCCUAUAACAUGUCAAAACUUUCCAGAACAGUAUGCAACAUUUGACAGCAAAGAAUGUCAAGUUUUUUUCUUCUAAGUAUUAAAUUGCUAAAAAAUUGAAUUAAUUUCAUUAGUAGCUUAUUGCUACAUAAAUAAAUCAAAUAAAUUAUUUUUAACAAUUUUAUAAAUCUUUCCCGCAGGCAGUUGAUCUGUGGUUGUUCAGAAAAGAAGCCAAACGAAAAAUGAGUGGCAUAAACUGUAGGAGGAGUUCUUCCGUGUCGGAAGGUACUCCAGAGAAAAAUACAGGAACGGUAAAUUGUGACAUAGUUAAAAACGAAGAACCUCCUCAUAAUAAUCUUAAAGCAUCUUGUGUAGAUACUCAUAAACCUUUGGUUGAAACUAAUGGGAUUCUUUCGGAUGUAUCCAAAGCGCAACAGCAAGAGAACAAUUGCUCUUAUCCAAAAUCUACUGUAGAUACGGCGUCGAAUCAGAAGAACUCUAAGUUACCGAUAGAAGACGUUAAAAAGACUAAAUCGGUUCUACUCAUAAUUCCGCCGACGAUUAACAAAACAAUAAUCUCUCAAGAACCUUUACAACAGCCUCCUCAACUGCAGAAUUAUUUAUCAAAACAGUUGCAAGAAUCGUCUCCUAAGAAAAUCAUUCCAGUGCCUUUAAAUUCUAAUUUUCCUAAAACUUCCAUUGAACCCACCAGCGUUUCUCAGGUGACGAGCGUGGCAUUAAAUAAUAAAAAUAAUUUAUCUCAAAAGACUGCAGGAAAUCUGACGUCCACGACAGAUCUCAAUCUGAAUGCUUCGCUGAACGGGCUGACGACGUUUGUUAAGUGCAUGGACAACCAGGGCAGGAUACUUCUUGUACCUCAGAGUUCGGUGGUGAAAUUACCCAAUUCGCUAAAGACCAAAACAGGUGUCGGAGAAUCUCUGGUUCAACCGAACCAACUGCAAGCCGAUCAGCAGAACUCAAACUCUAAGUGUAUUUCGCCAAAAUCUCAGAAGAAUGUGUCAUCGUACAUGGUCAAAGUUCUGCCGAAUCACACCGGUAGUAUGAACCAGGUAAUUCUCAUUCCAGCCAAUCAGACUAGUAUAGACAGUGAUUACCUGUUAAAAAAGAGUCCUUCGACGAGUAUACAUGCUGUUAAUAUCUCUAACUUGUCUCCGAACAAAGCAGCAGAGAAGACAAUCUCGCUCGAUUCUUCCUCGGUCAGUAAAAAUAACACCAAAAUACCCAAAAGAGAUGACAGUUUAGUUCUGAAGAAAGCGCUACUUUCCAUCAGGUUAGAAUAUUAUGAAACAAUGUUUGAAUUGAUUAAUAAAGUGGUGAAGCUGUUUCCUCUUAUCAAUAAAGAUAUAGGUGAGUUGCUGUUAUAUAUUUAUUGAUAAUCAUGCUUAAUAGAGUCAAGCAGUCAAAACAUUUAUGAUUAGAAAUCUGGUAAACUAUGUUGAAGAGUAGCAUAUAUAAAAUUUGGAUGUGUUUUAAGAUUAAGGUUGAUGGAAUAAUUCGACACCUGGGAAGUCUGCCAAGAGGAACGCUUUCCGAGUUAAUUUUGUGGGGAAACUGGAUCCUAUUUAGGUGUUGCACACGAAGAAAACUCUUUGGCGAGGCAUGAACUUGCCACAAAUUUUAAAAAUUCCUAUUAAUGCUGCCAAUUUAUCAUUUACAUUGUUAAUUUGACUUAAAAUAGUUAUCCAGAAAGGAAAUGCAAAUGCUACGUUAAUGAAAUAUUGUUUUGUUUCAGUGUCCUUGAAAGGACACAGGUUAUUAAAAAUGAAAUGAGAUCAGAAAAUUGCCACCUGUUGCAUGCGAGUGCGUGACAAUAAGUAAACAUUUUAUGCAGUUGCUUGCAUAAGAAGGUGAUUUUCUGCAGCAGAUUUAUGAGAGCUUGUGAUAAGUGGGAAAAACAUUUUUUGACCAAGACUUUUACAGUUAAAUGGAUGCCGCAUAGCAUGGGGAUUUCGUGGAAGACAGCUAUGUAAAUCAAUUUGGCAAAAAAUGGCUGUGAUAAAACUGUUUGGCAGUGAUUUUUCAUACUUCUUUCCAAAAGUAGGGUUUGAUUUAUAUGGUAAAUGUAAUAGAAGUAUUGUUCCACUUGUGUACCACUCAGUGUUAAAUAACAGGAACACCACUUACUGUAACUCUGGCAGGCUGACUGAAAUAUUUCCAACUAAAUCUUUUAUUUCAUGAAUUUAAUUAAUAUAACAUAAAAAAAAGUGAUAAUUUUGUCUUCAAAAUGAAUAAAUAAACUGUUAGAAAGGUGAGUAAAAAUAUUAUGCUUAUCUAAUUUAGGCUGAAAAGUUUUUCUUGAGUGCAUUUUGGCAACAUGCAGCAAUAAGAAACAUUACAGGGAAUGUUGACCUUGUAUAUAUUUAAAGAUGUAACCAUUAGUAUUAAUUAGUGACUUGGCUUUAUACACUUUUAUGGCAGGUAUAGAUUUGAGUAAAAAAUCUCAAGGUUGACUUAUAUACCAGCAUAUAUAAGAUGACGAUUAAAAAAUUUCCAUUUAAGGACAUGGCACCUGAUGCAUUUCAAUGUUGAAGGCAACAUGUUCCUUGAGUGCAUUGUUGCUGACGACGAAAGCUGGUGUCACCACUGGGAAUCUGAGUCGAAAGCGGUGACCAUGCAGUGGUGUCAUCCUUUGUCCCCUCAUCCCAAGAAGUUCAAGAGCCAGUCAUCUGCUGGAAAAGUGAUGCUUACCCUGUUCAUUAAUCACCAGGGCCAAGUGUCUCCAUCACUGGGGCAUUGUACUGUGAAACGCUGAAGAGAUUACAAUGUGCAAUUAAGGCAAAAUGUCCAGGAAAACUGCAAAAUGGAAUGAUUCUGCUUCAUAAUAACGCAUGUCCCCAUACUGCAAAUGUUGUAAUGCAGAAGUUAUGCGCACUAAAGUGGGAGACACUCAAGCACCCGCCUUACAGUCCCGAUCUCUCCCCGUGUGAUUUUCACGCCUUCGGUCCCUCAAAGAAGUCCUUAAAAGGUCAAAGGUUUCGGUCGAACAUAGAAGUGCAGCAGGCAAUUUCGGACUUCUUCAAGCAGCAGAAACAGGAGUUUUACCAAUAGGGUAUAUUCAACCUGGUGAAGCAGUGGGAUGUUUGCCUAAAUGGUCACGGCGCUUUUUCAUGACUGGCAUACCAAAUCUGGACUGUACAGCUUUCAAAUGGAAACUUAUUGAUUAUGCCUUAUACAAUAAAUCUGACAUAUUUUGGCUUAAGUUCAUAUAUAUCAUUAGCAAUUCAGAUUAUGGGUUUGGCACUAGCUGUGGGAAGUGUUAUAUGGGAAUUCUUUAGUAUAUAAUACAGAGAUCAUUUAAUGACCAGUGUUUCAUUUAAU